UCACCUUUCAAAAUGUCGAAACCAAUUGUAUCGCGUAUAUCCUCCAGAUCCUUGCAGUAUUCAGGCACACUUCGGUGGCGUAGCACUAGAUUUAUCUCGUCGUCAAGCCGUCGAUUGCUCCCACGAUUUCUCACGCCAAGAGAAGAACAAGACUUAUACCAAUCCAUUACCUCGUCAUUUCGAGAAAAACUUGCAUCGAACACGGCCAAAUCUCAAGAUUUUUACUCAAGCAUCAUAGAGCAAUCAUUAUUUGCUGUUCCUAGAUCCAAUCCUCCGUCUUCUUCCAAAGUUCAAGAUAUCUGCAGUCAUAUAGAUGCUGCUGUUGCUGCUAAAAAACCUCAAGAAUUGAAACCUCUUAUAUCCGAGCUUGAUCGUUCCAAUGCCCCUAUCAAGUACUACAACUAUUUAAUGAGAGCUUAUAUACGGCUCAAGGAUCUUAAGGGAGCAGAGUAUGUCCUCAAAAACCUACCCAUCGGCUUGCUUCCAAGUGCGCGUACAUUCACCUUGCUUAUCCAAGAAUAUCUGUCAACGGAUCUGGACCGAGCUUACGAGUAUAUGAAGCAAAUGCAAGAUAUGAGCUGCAAGCUUCACAAGUCUUUUGAUUAUAUUGUUGUCAUGCGUCUUCAUAUUCGAAGAGAUGAUCCACUGGCGGUCGAUUUUGCUUGGAAGGACAUGUUGCAACACAAGGAAACCGUAAAGCCGACUAUGCAGCUAUAUACGACUUAUCUAGGUUAUCUUGGGUCAAAAAAGAAGUAUGAGAAAGCAAGUGAAGUUAUUCAAGAUCUAGUGGCGUAUAGCCGAACGAACGAUGGUCUUCAAAAGACUCUCAGUGCACUACAGUGCAAAACAUUGAUUUCGAUUACCAAUCAGCUUGCUCUCCAUGAUCAACCUCAGUCGGCAUCCAAACUCGUGAAAUUUCUGUUAUCCAGUACGCUCACUUCAACCACGUCCAACACAGGAUUACCGGAAGGAUUAAUGCCAAAUGCAAUCACAUUGCCCUCUGAAGUAUAUACCAACAUCAUCAAUGGAUACAUGAACCUCAAAAAAUACUCUCCUGUCAUAGACUUUUACAAAGAGAUGACUGCAAGGAACGAUGUCCAAUUGGAGGAAGAGGCAUUGCUUACCGUCGAAGAGGCUCGCAAGUGCCUUAUGAGUAGGCAGUCAAAACAACAUCAACAUCAUGGGAAAAUGUACAUAGCUAAUCUGGCCCCAGUGUAAAUGAAAACAAUAAAGAUCACGUUGAUGAUACAUGUAUUUGAAAGCCAAUUGCAAGCGAACUCGCCAAGCGAAUAUGCCAAGCAGGGCUUCUGGUAGCGGUUAAAAAGAAAAUUCAUACGACGAUUUUCUGUUGAGAACAGGUUUAUUCCCAGACGAUGGAUUUGACAUAUUCGAAUUUCCCAGUAUGGUCCAGCGUUGGAAUCUUACUUACAGCCAAACUGAGUUCAUGCGCAGUUAGCAAAUUGUGGCUCAUUCUGCUGAACAAGGAUCACGCACUCUUGUGACAUGAUGAAGAUAGUACUGAG